ACAGUAAGCAAAGGCAUUGGCACAGGCGAGCAUCGGUGACACCGGUGCAAUCGGUCGCCCACCACCAAGUAUUUGCCCCUUGCCUCGUUUGACCGCUAUUCUCUUGAAAACAUAAACAUGACUGACGAACUCAUGAAUCACUCAUGAUACGUCUGCCAACGGGCCUUGUUCCGUUGGUGGCGGCCUGGGGCCUUCAGAGCGCGCUUCACAGCGGGCUUGUAUGGCUCCAGGCCGACCAACCCACCUCAGCGCUUACUGCGCACGUAGUGCUGUCAAUGUUAACAUUAGUGUUAGUGCUGGCGGCUCUGGCAACGGUUCACCUGAGCUUUGCUCCUCGCGCUAUCAGCCAAAGUUCACAAACGGAAGAGCUACAAAUCUUCAUUAGGCUUCCUUCAGGGCAACUCGUCACGUUCGUGGGACCUGUCGAUGCCACUGUGGGCUCUGUCUUCGACUUUAUCGCUUCCACGACCCUCUUCCAUCUAGAUAACAGCCGGAUAUGGCGCUUGGUCGCGCGCGGCGGCGACACGCUGCUGGAGCGUUCGACCGUGCUGGCACGUCGUGGCCUGGCGUCCGGUUCCGAGCUGCAAGUGCUCGCACGGCUAAUGGGUGGCACUCCAAAGAGAAGGCCAUCAGCACCCUCAGACAACUGGCUCAGCCUCCACCGCUUCACCCGCUUUCGAAACCACUUCGGAGACCCCGUCUACACGUGCACCAACCCUGGAUGCCGUUCGCCAACACAGUUGAAGGAUAGAGCGGCUUGCUCUCGCCACGAAAAAUGCUGUGAGGGUGCACCUCGGGACCUCCCUCUCCCUGCCGGUACCGGUGGCGAAGGCGGCCUAGGAGACGCUGACUUUCCUGAGGGAGGGAGGGAUUCGCCUGCGGGUUCUGUUAGUGAGAGCGACAGCAUGGACACUAACGGUAGCGGCACCGGCAGCGGUAGCGGCACCGGCAGAGGUAGCGGCACCGGCAGCGGUAGCGGCACCGGCAGCGGUAGCGGCACCGGCAGCGGUAGCGGCACCGGCAGCGGUAGCGGCACCGGCAGCGGUAGUGGCACCGGCAGCGGCAGCGGCACCGACGGCGGCGGCGGCGGGAAUGUUGGCAAUGGCAGUGACAGGAGUGGUGGUGGCUACAGUAAUAGCGGCAGCGCCCGGGUGGACAGCGACUACCUAUACUCCGAUGAGGAAGAGGAAGAUGCUGCUGACGCUGAACCGGGUCAUUUCCUGGCGGCAGCUCUACACCGCGUUGUGGCUUCUCUCGACCAGGACGACCCUGCCAACAUCAACACCAUUGAGCUGCUGAAUGCUAUUCUGCAGCAAUUCGGGCACCUGGCGCCUGUUGACGGCGACGGUGAUGCUGAUGACCAAGCCGGUGCGGUUGCCAACGACCUUGCGGCGCAGGGUAUGGUCAUGCAACCCACCAACAUCUCCGAACUACAGCAUGGUGCGCGGUCUGUGCAGCACUUCAAGGGCAUCAUGUCAGAGCCGCUGUGGAGAACAGGCACUCAAUCUGCACCUAUCACUGUGGGGCAGUUUGCUUACGCUUGGAUGAAGGAGAAGAUUGAUGGGCGCGUACGGGAUAAUGUUGCGGACCGUCAGCUGCGUUUCCUUCGUGACGUGUGCUUUCCACCUGGCAAUAACUUGCCCCCGUCGCUGUACAUAAUGAAGAAGAUGUUGGACAUUCCAGACGCACGUGACUUUGAGAAGCACGUUUGUUUGAGCGACAAGUGCUUGUUCCCUGAUUUCCCUCGAGAUGAGUGGCACCAGCACCUGCAAGAUGAGUGCGGCUGCGGCCAUCGACGGUUUAAGCCUGCCCGGCCAGGACACCAACCAGUUCCGAACAAGAGGUUCUACGACUUCGGUGUCGAGAAUGUCGUGCGCGGCAUGUUCAUGGACCCACGGUUCUGCACGUUUCGCGGCACAGGGCGCGACAACAACCCUGACGACUUCUACGGCUCGCGGUACGCGCAAGACAUCAAUGCCAAGACUUCCGGCGAGUUCUUCGAGCCCGACAGCUCGGCUUACGACCUGGGCUUUGACUUCGGCGAGGUCUUCUCAUUCAAGAAGUACAGCUGCGGGAUGCUGUUCAUUCGGUGCGCGGACCUGCCAGUGACUCAACGCAGCAAGCGCCGCCACUGCUUCCCCCUGAUCAUCACGCCCGGACCUUCGGAGCCUGACUCAAUGGAAGUCUACUUGCGCCCAACACUGACAGCAUUCAAGGCCUUCGGGCCUGGCACCGAGGGUAUGACCGUGGUGGACGCUGCUUCGGGCCGGACCUUUGGGCACAAGAUGUUUCUGGGCGGUAUCUUUGCUGAUACGCCUGCAAACCGGACGUUGAGUCUUUGGCUCUCCCAUGCGGCCAAGAACGCAUAUGCCAGAGACUGCACUAUGCGGUGACAGCAGGAUCCGGAUCUCUCAUGCGCACCACAUGGAUCGGGCACAGGUUGUGGAAAGUAAUCAUGACUUGGCAUCGGCGCUGGGUUGCCAUGGCAUUUCCUGCAUAGCGAAGGAGCUGUCGUACAUAGACAUGAAUAACGUGUGGGUUGUGCCCAUAGCGCAUGCAGCUCUGUUCGGUGUCAUCAAGAAGUUCUGGCACUUUGUGCUGGGCGAGUCCGUCAAGAAGGCUGAGAGUGACUUUGUGUUAAGUGUAGAGGCUCGUCGCAGAAUGACUGCACGUGCAUCCCAUUUCAUCAUUACUAAUGACUUUAACCGACCCUACCGUGACAUUGUCCCCUGCUCGUACUGGACCAUGGAAGAAUGGCUGCACUGGACGGACUGCUUCUCCCUAUACGUCCUGCACUCGCACGGAGGGGAUCCUAAUAAAGUUGUGAUGCCGGUAGUUACACGGAAAGAUGAUGCAGGGCUGGAUCGUGAGUUUGACCUGGGGAGAAUGUGGGAGAUGUUGCGCACGGCCAUGCUGCAUUAUCUGCGGUAUGACCAAUUCUCGGAGGCUGCGUGUGACAGUGCAGCAGUAACCUUCAAACAGUUCUGCUGUGACUCGGAGCUCGUGUUUGGCAUGAAGUUUGCUACCUACAACAUGCAUCUACUGGCAUGUAGGCUACGCGAGCAGGAGCGUGCACGUGGGCACGUGGCGUUUGCAACUGAGUUCUGGGUCGAGCGCGGUGUGCAGCAGGUCAAAAGUGGGGUCAAGUUCCGCACAACCAGGUGUCCAGAGCAAAUUAUUGUGAGUGGGUUCCUUGCAAGUGCCCGGCUCGCUGAGAUGCGAGCUGAGCGUGGCAGGGGAGGUGGCACCGCGGAUGGUGGUGCAACCGGGCCAGCCGGGGUAGAGGCCGGCCAUGCACUGGCUGCGGGUGGGAGCCAGUACAAGUCAUUUGAUGAGUGGGUGCCAGAUUACCGUGCAGCACACGUCACAUUGACGGGGGAUGUUUGCGCGGAUGUAGAGGAUGGUGAGGGUUCCCAGCUGCUUGGGCGCGGAUAUGUGGCGGGUCCGACCGAGCGGACAGUUGUCUUCGAAGCAUUCAUGAAGGCUUUUAGUAAAGAGGACUUUGCGACACGUUCAGGUGUGGUGGAGGGUGACUUGCAGAACGCAAGUGUUAUUAUAUUCAAACGUGCACUUGUACGACGUGACCAGGUUUUACUAUCUACAAAGUAUAACUUGACCACUGCACGUGAGUCAUUUUAUGUGAAGACUAAGUAUGCGCCAUCCCUUGACACCCCAGAGGACGAUCAGGACGUGUCUGUGUAUGUUGGAGAGGUUGCAUUCUAUGCUCGUGUGCAAACCGUGCGUGGGGUUGUAUGCCGUGUGGCGAUUUGCGAAUUGCAUAAGGUGGAGGUGGUACGGCCGCAGUCGUUGUACUAUGCUGCAGACUUUAGUCGCCGCAAGGCAACCCCCAACCAAGAACGCCAGCAGACGUUCCUGAACUCGUUCCCCGUGCUAUUGCAAGCCAUUGACUCGAAGGUGAUGCGCUGCAAGCUCGACGAGAAUAAAAGUUACUUCAUUACGUACCACUUGUUUUCUCAGUUGCCAACCAAUGAUGGUGAUUGGCAAGGAGCAGUGCAAGUUGGGUAGCCGCUCACGCGGCUGAUGCAGUCUGUAACAUGAUGAUGUC